AUGCAGCACUACAACCGCACGAAAAUUGUGAUCCGCGUGUUGGGGGCUGGACAAACGGUAGGCCGUUCCUGCGUAAUCGUGGAGCUGGAGAACCGGCGAGUGAUGUUCGACUGCGGUUCACACCUCGGGUAUAAGGACGAAAGGAAGUAUCCCAAUUUCAACAUACUGGUGAACAAUGACAGCUCUGAAAUGGAAAGAGAAAAGGGGAUGGGCGAAGGGAAUAUGUAUGAACACCAUCUGAACACGGAGGUGAAUAUAACUAUAGUGAAUAGCAGCAUCUCGGAAAAGGAAAAGUUAAUACAAAAAUUGAGUAGAAUAAAUGAAAUAAUUGACUGUGUAAUAAUAAGUCAUUUUCACAUGGAUCACAUAGGAGCAUUGCCCUUCUUCACAGAAAUAUUAAAAUAUAGGGGCACCAUAAUAAUGAGCUAUCCAACGAAGGCACUGAGUCCAAUAUUAUUACUGGAUGGAUGUCGAGUAGCAGACUUAAAAUGGGAAAAAAAAAACUUUGAGAGGCAAAUCAAACUGUUAAACGAAAAAUCGGAUGAACUCCUAAAUUACAACAUUAGUAGCUUGAAGAAGGACCCAUGGAAUAUUAGUGAAGAGCAUAUUUAUUCCUGCAUAGGUAAAGUCGUAGGGUUACAAAUAAAUGAGACAUACGAAAUGGGAAAUAUGUCUAUCACUCCGUACUAUGCGGGCCAUGUGCUAGGUGCAUGUAUAUUCAAAAUAGAGGUCAACAACUUUAGCGUUAUUUAUACAGGGGAUUAUAACACCGUUCCAGAUAAGCAUCUUGGGAGCACUAAAAUUCCUUCGCUUAAUCCGGAGAUUUUCAUUUCUGAGUCUACGUAUGCCACCUAUGUCAGACCAACGAGAAAGGCAUCUGAAUUGGACCUGUGUAACUUAGUACAUGAAUGUGUGCACAAAGGAGGGAAGGUACUCAUCCCCGUCUUUGCCAUCGGAAGAGCACAAGAAUUGUCUAUUCUGUUAGACUCCUACUGGAGAAAAAUGAAAAUAAAUUACCCUAUCUAUUUUGGGUGUGGAUUAACAGAAAAUGCAAAUAAGUAUUAUCGGAUUUAUUCCUCCUGGGUGAAUAGUAGUUGUAUUUCUACGGAUAAAAAGAACCUCUUCGACUUUGCUAAUAUUUCCCCAUUUGUGAACAACUACUUGGGUGAGAAUCGGCCGAUGGUUCUGUUUGCCACUCCGGGGAUGCUACACACUGGGUUAUCUCUAAAGGCUUUUAAAGCAUGGGCAGGGUCAAGUAAUAAUUUAAUUGUCCUUCCAGGGUACUGUGUUCAAGGUACUGUGGGUCACAAGUUAAUUAUGGGGGAAAGGAAAAUAUCGUUUGAUGGAAGCACCUAUUUGAAUGUUGCCUGCAGAAUAAUUUACCUUUCCUUUUCUGCACACGCCGAUUCCAAUGGUAUUCAACAACUCAUAAGACACGUGCUCCCGCAAAAUGUCCUUUUUGUUCAUGGAGAAAAAAACGGCAUGGAAAAAUUAUCCAAGCAUAUAUCUUCUCACUAUUUAAUUAACUCCUUGUGUCCAUCCAUGGGUCAGCAUUGCGAGUUCAAUUUUUCCAAGGGUAAUAUGAAACACGUCUAUGUACAGGAUUCUCUCUAUGCCGAUAUUCUUCGUAACUUAAAUGAGCAAAAGGAGAAGAAAUCCCUUUUGUCUACCAACAAGGUGAGUGGUCUCUACCGGAGUGACACCACUAAACUGGCAUCCCGGGAUCGAAACUACACCGUUUCUUUCUCAGCUUAUGUUGUGUACUUUACCAUUCGUGAGAAGCCCUACCUUUUGUUCCUCCCCAGACGGGAGCUCCUGCGAGUGCUGCGGGGGAGGUAUUUCCCCGUCACGAUUAACCGCGGGGAGAGGUGCUUCACCUCGGAUAGCCUCUUCGGUAUGGGCAACACUGAACCUGGCCAUAAUGUGCUCAUCGGGGGGGUUGGCUUUCCGCGAGGUGACCUGAACAGUGAGGACACCCUGAUCAAUGAGUACGAGGAGGGAAUACCCCCCGUUGGCCCUAUCACUCAACUAGGCAAAAGGAAGUACGAAGAAAUGUCACAAAAGGGGGACGCUCCAGAGGAAGCAGAAGAGUGUAGUUCACCCCAAGGAAGCCCCCUCACAUGUGUAAGUAAAAAGCUCGCAAAGGUGUACACCGACUGGAUGAACCCUGCGGGGGAAAGUUCAUGCGGGCCACAGGUAGAAGGACAAGGAUGUCCAGAAACCGGAGAAGGUCUUUUUCAGCACGACGGGGAGGAAGAGCAGCAGGAGGGUGGGCCUCUUAACCUCUCAAAAGGUGCAUCAAUUGACGCUUCCACCGCGUGCGUCGACGCGAAGCAGAAGAGUCAGCAAAGCACCUCCAGAGGUACGCGCAACUACGUUAAGGAUGAAGACCAAGUAACCAUGCCACUAAUCAACCUGCGAUUCAGGGAAAACAUCACCAUAAGCUACCACAGAUUUUACAAUUUUGUAAUUUCCUUUUUCAAAGAAAUUGUGGACACGAAGAAUAGGAACAGCAUCCGUUUCUUAGGCGAAGAGGUAAUUAUAAAAAAUGUGAAGGAGGGUGAUGGGUAUGUUUUCCUCCUGUCGUUUCUGUCUCUACGGGCCAUUCACGAUGGAGGGAAUAACCUGCUCGUCCAAUGGUCCUACGUGGACGAUGCGCCCGAGUCGGCCAUCCAGAAGUUCAUAAGCGCCAUUAGGGAGUACGCCGCGGAGGGGGGAAUAGAACCCUCGUAA